AUGCCAGCUUGCGGCCAGCCGAAGACCCCACGGUGGUCCUCCUUCGACAAGGAGAUUGAGCUCCAUUCCGAGGCGCUGCAAUUGCAAACGCAGCGAAUGACGAAGGCGUUGGCCGGCACCUCGCCGGGGCUGAUGCCCGAUGCGGACGAUCCGCUCGCUGUCCAGGAACUACCCGACAUCGUACAGGAGCGCCCUGAAAUCUCGUCAGAAUGUGACGUCUUCCAAUUGCCAGCCGGGAUGAUGAUUGCCGAUCGGUGGCGCAUUAUCGAGAAGCUGGGUGAAGGCAGCGGCGGGGCCAUCUAUCGUGUUUGCGAUCAUGUCACCCAUGCUCAGCGGGCUGUUAAAGUCGAACCAAAAGGCGACAAGGGCCAAUCCUUGAAGCUGGAAUACAGCGUCCUCGAGGAGCUGCGCAAGAAUGGGGCCAGCAACGUCAUGGAGAUUUUAUUGGGCGGGAAGGUGGCCGGAUUUCGAUUUCUCAUCAUCCAACUACUCGAGAGAGAUUUGUACUCGCUGAAACGAUCGCUCAGCCCUCCAAUUACUGAGGGUUCCAUGCUGAAGCUCGGCAUCAUGGCUCUCGCCGCAAUCAAACAGCUGCACGAGAUUGGCUACAUCCACCGCGACAUCAAGCCGGGCAACCUGAUGCUCGGUCGCGACAGUGAAGGACGCUCAUCCCUCUACUUGAUUGACUACGGCAUGGUUCGCACGUUUGUCAGGAAGAGCGGCAAUAGCUGGAAGCUGCGCAAAGAACGUGUUGAAAAGACGGACUUCCGGGGCACACUGCGCUACUGCUCGCUCAAUGUUCAUCUACGCAAGGAGCAGUGUCGAGCUGACGAUCUCUGGGCCUGGCUGUAUACAAUGACCGAAGUAUUCUUCCGUCUGCCCUGGAACAAAGAGCACGACGAGCUGAAGAUUAUGCGGCAGAAGCGCACCCUCCCCGACAGCACAAUCUUUAUGCAUUGCCCCCGUGAAUUUGUCGAAAUCAAGCACUACCUGAAAGGGCUUGGCUAUGCCGACCGUCCCGAUUAUUUUCAGCUGCAUCAGUUUCUCCUGCAAGGAAUGAAGAGGAAUCGCGCACAGUUCUCCAUGCCAUUCGAAUGGGAGGCCGACGAGCUGGUCACUGCUCUGCAACCGACCCCUGAAGAAGCCGCCGAGUUCCUCCCCGCAAAACCCGAUGAAGUCGACUACCGCAUGUAUCCUUCCCUUCACCCCGAUCGCUUCAAAGAAAACAUCAUCGGACUG